AUGCUCGUGCUACGCCUCACCAGUCAGGGCCUGAACCCAGGCCUCGCCCAGGAAAGAGUUAUACGAGCGAUUAACAACCGCAUUAUCAAGAACCUCAACAACAGUAGCACCCUUGCAGACGAGUCGCCCCCUAACGCUCAAAAGCGCGGUCGCGAUACUAGCAACUGUAGCGAUCGUCAACCCACGAAGAAGAAGGCGCAGGUAGCGUUACUGCCGCCUAGAGGGAACGAGCAGGCCCCAGGGUGA